CUUAGCGCGAUCACUCGCAUGCAUCAUCGCGAACAGUGCUCCCUUCAAAGUAUCUCUCGUGCAAGAAGAAAUCUCCGAACGAAUUUCGUUCGUUGCGCGUUACGGGAUGAUAUUAUUAUUAUUAUUAUUAUUAUUACUCUAAUAUCUAUCUGAAAUAACCAGCACGACGUCCUAGGGCGAUCGAAAUGAAAAUCGGUGCAUCGUACCGAUCGUCGUGAUCAAGAUUGAGAAGCGAUCAAUGAUAUGUGUAAACGUCGACGUAAAAGAGAAUAAUCCGACUGAAUAAACGUUCGACUUUUGUCGAGUUUAAACUGUCGCGUCGUUGGAUUUCCAUUCGCGUUCGAAAUCGUCUUCCACGAAACAUGCCUUGAAAGUGUCUCGAAGUAAUAAGUGCGAAUUGCAACCAUGAUCGAUCCUGCGGCAAGUAAAUGGAUAUUGGUCGGAUCGUUGUCCAUUUUGUUCGUUUCGAUCGUGUCUUUCGAUAUUGCCGAAGAAAUCGACGAGGGACUGGAUUUCGGGAUUCUCGAGGAAAAUAAAGUGUCGCCGUUGUCCUUUGGUUCUUACUAUAAGCAAAAUGCGAACGGAAGUUUCGAGAAGAGUGAGAAGAGCUUUAGAAAGGCCGAUACUUUGUCGCCUCUGUUCAACAUUCGUAUCGACGGAUUGAAAAACCAAACUGACCAGAUAGAGCUGAUUUUCCUGGUGGACGCGUCGGGGUCGGUUGGCCUGAGAAACUUCCGAUGCGAGUUGAGUUUCGUGAAAAACCUCUUGUCCGACUUCAUCGUGGGACCGUCGGCCGCCAGGGUCGCGAUCGUGACAUUCGGUGGAAGACGACACAUCAGGCGCAACGUCGACCAAAUAUCCCGCACCGGAGACAACGAUCACAAAUGUUAUUUAUUAAAUAAGCAAUUGAGUAAUAUUAGCUACACCGGUGGCGGAACUUACACGCGCGGCGCCCUUAUCGAGGCUCUUAGGAUUCUCGAGGGAGCACGCGAAAACGCGAAGAAAGCGGUGUUUCUGAUAACCGACGGGUUCAGUAAUGGCGGCGAUCCGCGACCCGCGGCGAACCUACUGAAAAGUGCAGGUGCAACUAUAUUCACUUUCGGAAUAAGAACCGGCAACGUGCAGGAGCUUCACGAUAUAGCCAGCUUUCCUGGAUACACGCACAGUUAUUUCCUCGAUAGCUUCGCCGAGUUCGAAGCUUUCGCGCGACGCGCGUUGCAUCGCGAUUUGAGAACGGGAAAGUACCAGCCAGUGGCUUCAUCGGAUAACUGCGACGCGUUGUGCAGCAGCGUCGGUGAAACCGGAAACGAUCAGGGCUGCUGCGACAGUUUCGCGACUUGCGCUUGCGGCAUCGCGACCGGACAUUACGCUUGCAUCUGCCCUACAGGAUACUUUGGUUCGGGUUUCAAAGGAUCCUGCCGACCAUGCCCGAACGGCACGUACGCUUCCGGAGGAAUCUCCGGCGAUUCGACGUCCACCUGCGUAUCUUGCCCCGACGCGAAUCACGUGACUAUCAAAGUACCAGCAACCUCGAUCAAGCAUUGCGUCUGCGCGUCGGGAUUUACAACGGAUGGAAUAAAAUGCGAAGUGAUAACAUGUCCAAAACUGAGGAUCCCUGAAAAUGGAUACUUGGUAAAAGCUAGUGCUUGCAACAACGUUGUUCACGCGGCUUGCGGUGUCAGAUGUAAAAUAGGCUUCUACCUAACGGGUGACAGCAUCAGACUUUGCGGGAAGGAUGGCAUUUGGUCCGGAAAUGAACCGAAAUGUUUGCUGAAAACUUGUCCAGCCCUUCGAGCACCGUCGCACGGCCGAGUGCGAUGCCAGAACGAAGAUGAUCGACAGUUGAUAACGGAGGACUACACGGCGUAUCCGAUCGACACUCGUUGCCAGUUCCGAUGCGACAGCGGCUACCAGCUUCGCGGCAGCAAGAUUCGUAAUUGUUUGCCUCUGUCGCAGUGGGAUGGUCUGAAAGCGACGUGCAAAGCGAUAAAGUGCCAGCCUCUGAAGCAAAUACCGAACGGAAAGAUUUCGCCGGAGGGCUGUUCUGGCCCGGAUAAAGUUCCGUUUGCGACAAACUGCACGGUCACCUGUAAAAAAGGCUUCGCGCUCGAGGGUCCGCGUAGCAGAACUUGCGGAGGACGUUCCGGAGUGUGGACGCAACGACGAAGCGUCACCCGUUGCAUAGACCAAGUACCGCCCGAGAUCACUUGUCCACCGGACACCACUGCCAAAAGUUUACCAGGGGAGAAUUACGCGUACGUGAACUGGUCGAGUCCUGUGGUCACCGACAACGCGGACGAGUCGCCAACGGUUUGGAGCAAACCUUACGUUACGGUACCUUGGAAAGCGAAGAUCGGUACGCGUACUGUGCUGUACGUGGCGCAAGAUUCGACUGGGAACAAAGCUAGAUGCAAAUUCAAAGUGAAAGUUCUCGACACGGAACCGCCGAUGAUCGAAAACUGCGUAGAUCCUCCAAUAUUGUACACCGACAACGGAAUCGGUCUAAACAACGUAACUUGGGACGAGCCCGGCUUUUACGACAACUCGAAAACAGUCGUACGAGUAGAACAAAAUCAUCGACCCGGAGAAAACGCGUUUCCCAUCGGUCUUACAAGGAUCGUGUAUAACGCGAUCGAUAAAUACGAUAACUUGGCGAGUUGCGUGUUGAAUCUCACUAUAAAAGAUAUAUGCAAAGAAAUUCCACAAGUUUUUAAUGGACACUCGAACUGUUCUACAUGGGAGAAUGGAAUGACCGAGUGUGCCGUGGGUUGCGACAAUGGCUUCGAAUUCGCGAACGAGCUCCCAGAUGUUCGUGUCGUGGAAGACCUGUUGCUGCUGAAUUGUAACGAAACCAGUGCAAAUUCGACCGAAGAAACUUACAUUCCUGAUUGUUCGGUGUCGAUCGCACCGAAAGCUGUGUCUCAAGAUGGAAGUAUCGUGUUAGAAGGAAACACGUCGGCGAUAUGCGACAAUCAAACUACCCUGCGCGAACUGAGCGAAUAUAUCACUGCCGAUUUAAGAUCGACGUUGCUCGACAUUUGCGGGAACGACAUCGAGUGCGAUCUGAUCACCUUCGAUCCAGAAUGCAAGGAUAACGCGGAGUCAACGGCGGAGGAUCUUUAUUCGAACACGUUGAGAAAGCGAAGAGACUCGAACUAUAAGAUUUCUCUGUACGGUACUAAUAGGAAAACGAAACGGGACGUUAUCGUUAAAAGGAACGACGAUCACGCGAAUAAAAACAGGUCGAGAGUGAAAAAGAAGAGAGAAAAGAUCGAGAUCAAAUUCAAAUUUUUGGGGAAGAUAGUCGAAGAUAAUGUGGUAAACCCGAGGGAAGGGAUACGAAAACUCAGGCAGAAAAUGGAGGAAAUGUCGCAAUCUGGAAAACUGAAUUUGUUGAACGAGCGAACCAAUCGGGAGAUCGCGGAACUCGCGUUGAAUCUGCAUCUCGUUUUCGAGAAUUUCGAGGAGAUCUGCGAGCCAGGAAGCAUUCUGAAGAAGCAUUCCUGUGUGAAAUGUCCACUCGGGACUUUCUUCGAUCCGUCGACUAAUCGGUGCCGACCGUGUUCUUUCGGGGAAUACGAAGACGCUGUCGGAUCGUUGAAGUGCAAACGCUGUCCCGAACACACGUCCACGAAGAAAAUGCAUUCGAAAGCAUUCGGAGACUGCAUACCUCUAUGCCAGCCUGGAUAUUAUUCUCGAAAGAAACGACAUCGUGGCGCUCGUUUGUCUCUGGAACCUUGCGUAAAAUGUGACAUCGGGUUUUAUCAGCCGAACUAUGGUCAAACCAAUUGUCUGCCUUGCCCAUCCGACACGACUACGGUAAAUCGAGGUUCCAAGGAUGCGAAUGAUUGCUCGCCAUUCUAUAAGAUCGAAACGAACGCUUGUCGAUCCGGGGAACCCUGCUUGAACGGCGGCCAAUGCGUGCGAGAAGACGAUAGCUUCAGCUGCGACUGCCCCGAGUAUUAUGUCGAAAUUUCAUCAGGAUCGAAAUGCGAACAAUUUCGAAAUCCUUGCGACUCUUCGCCAUGCUUGCACGAAGGGGUAUGCAACGUUCAGAAUCUCGGGAACGGCGCAGUAAACUAUACUUGUACCUGUGACAGUGGAUAUUCGGGGCGCAAUUGCGAGCUUCGUAUCGACGAGUGUGCGCUGAACCCAUGCCGAAACAAUGGCAGCUGCACGAGCACCGAAAAUGAUUAUAGCUGCGAAUGCCACGGUGGUUUCGAAGGAGAAUUCUGCGAAAUCCUCGUGGACCAUUGCGAUCCUCCGCCGUGCAUGGAAGGGUCAACUUGUCGCACCGUCAACGAGACUUGGCAGUGUAUCUGCAGGCCUGGUUUCCUCGGUCGCCAUUGCAACUUACUGCCCUGCGAUUGGCUCCCUUGCCACGAAAAUUCUUAUUGCAUCAACAUUCGAGAAGAGAACGCGACACGAACGAGCCACAGAUGCGAAUGCAACGACGGCUACACGGGAGAAGAUUGUUCGACGAGAGUGGACCAUUGCAGCAGCCUUCCAUGUCGGAACAAUGGGAAAUGUUUCAACGAGAUUUCCAAUUACACGUGCGCGUGUCCUGUUCCGUUUACAGGGCGCAAUUGCGAGACUGAAUUAUCAUCCGAUUAUGUGAUGCACUUCGCCAAAUCGGGAACGACGGACUAUAUCCGCAUGAAGGGUCCCUCGGAGAGCAUCGUCGAGUUAACAACCUGCUUGUGGUUGCAAUCGAAGGACACGUUCAACUACGGAACCGUGGUGUCGUACGCGACCCGUUACUACGACAACACGUUCACAGUGACCGAUUACAACGGUCUCGUGAUAUACAUCAACGGGCAAAAAGUGGUGACCGACAUUAAGGUAAACGAUGGCCACUGGCAUUUCGUUUGCAUCACUUGGGAAAGCGAGAAUGGCGGCUGGAAUAUAUAUAUCGAUGGAUUUCUCCGGGACAGUGGGUCUCGUUUGGCGAAGAAAACUGCCAUCCAAGGGAACGGCACCCUGGUGAUCGGCCAAGAGCAGGACCGCAUCGGUGGUGGAUUUUCCGAAUCGGAAUCGUUCCUCGGGAAAAUAACUCUGCUGGACGUUUGGGAUACGGUUCUGUCGGCGACAGACGUGAAACAUUUGUUUAGCACCUGCGACAAGUACCACGGCAACGUGAUCGCGUGGCCCCAAAUACAAGAAUACCUGCACGGCGACGUUGCUAUAUUAGGCAGUCCUUUCUGUCAUGGUUGCCCUUUACCGGUCGUCCCUUUCAAAGGUUACAUAAAUGUCAGCGAUGACUCGUCGGAAAUCACUUAUUACUGCGAACCUGGUUACGCGGUGCGGUUUCGGGGAAAAGAGUAUCGAUCGUUGAGAAUUCAGUGUUUGAAACAAGGACAUUGGGAAGGCUACUACACGCCGGUUUGCGCCAGGAAGAAAUGUGGGUUCCCCGGAUAUUUUCCCCGAGGCCGCAUACACGGUAAAUCGUAUUUCUUUGGAGACGAAAUACACCAUUCUUGCUUGAAUGGGUACGAACUUCGAGGGAAUUCCCGUAGGAUUUGCACUGCCGAUGGAAAAUGGAGUGGCUUGCCUCCGGUCUGCAUAGGAAGAACAUGCAAGAACUUAUUAGCUCCGGAACACGGUGACAUCGAGUACGUGAUAGAGGAGUACGAAAGAGACGAUCUGUCGAUUCUACAGGUAGGUCAGCAACUGGAGUUCAAGUGUGAUCCGGGAUUUCGUUUAGCCGGAGAAAAGUUCCUGACGUGUUUGGAAUCGGGACUAUGGGAUCAUGAGAAACCAACGUGUGAGAUUUAUGGAUGUCCACCACCGAAAGAGAUCGAACACGGCUAUGCGAUUUUCAUUAACUCGAACAAUUUGCACGAAACUUCUGCCGCAAGACUGGAUUCGGAGACGGUUAACGAUACUCUGGAAAGAAACUAUUAUUUCGACGAUGUGAUUGGGUACUCUUGUCACGCGGGAUACAAGUUCCAGGGUAAUCAUAAUUUAUUAACCGAAUUUAAACUUCGAUGCACCGAAAAUGGUACUUGGAGCGGAUUCGUUCCCGACUGCGUGUCCCUUAAAUGUCCCUGGCCCAGUGUUAUAAACAAUGGCAAAAUAUUUGUUAAAACUCCGAAUGGCACUGUUGAGCUUUUCAAGGAAGAAAACAUCGCUAAUGUUACCGAAGAGGAGGCCACGGUGAAAAACAAUGAAGAUUCAGAGUAUCGGUUUAACGUUGGCUCAGAAAUUUUCAUACAAUGUGACUUGGGAUACAAAUUGAUUGGAGACAACGUUGGAACCUGUACGAAUAACGAGCAAUGGUCAUUAACCUCAUCGUCUUGCAAACCAUCCGAAUGUCCUAUACGAGAGUGCCCGUUGUUCAAAUAUCUCGAUAGAGAAGCAGAUAAUUUGGAUAUUUGGGGGAACGAUACCAACGAAUCGAACAAUCUAAAAUAUUACAAUGGUUCGUAUAAAAAUUUGAGAUACUUUGUGGAAGGACACACGUACAAGGAAAAAGUAGUUGUUAGUUGUAAGAAUAACGACACGAUCGAGAUAACAGAUGAAAACGUCGGUAUACGUGUUUCUAAUUUAACAUGGUUUUGCAAUGAGAAUGGUAAAUGGGAUAUCUAUUAUUUGAAACUGAAUAGUAACGUAAUCGAGCAUUUAUUUGACCAGAAGUUAAUUAAUAUUUGUCAAGAAUUAAUGUGUCCGUCGAUAACGAUUCCAGAAUACGGAUACAUAAUCGAUAAUAGCAAUAAUUAUUCGAGAACCGUUAACGGUACUGUAACUUUCAAAUGUCGUCAUGGUUAUACGAUCGAAGGCAACGGAGAAUCUGUCUGUUCUCCGAAUGGUACAUGGUCUACGAUUCCUUCUUGUAAACCUGUGGUGUGUGGAAAGCCACCGAAACCUGCAAAUGCGGUGAUAAAACAAGUCGGUAUCGAAACGGUAAAUUUUACAUUUGGUAACGUGAUCACUUAUCAAUGUCUACCCGGGUACCUAAUGUAUGGACAAUCGAAUACGAGAUGUCUUGCAAAUGGAAGCUGGUCCAGAGUAUACAGUAAAUGUUCAAAAUUAUCGUGUAACAAACCAAAACUUCCACCUGGAGUUACCGCUCACGGCCGUUCAUACUUGUAUCAAGAUCAAUUGACUUAUGUGUGUCCAGACGGUAAGAAACAAGGAUUAAUUACAUGUAAAGCGGAUGGUCAUUGGAGCGAGCCACCAGUUUGCGAUGGUAAUUGACAAGGUACACAUUAUCAGCAUCAUUAAAAUAAAUCAUUAUAACAAACUUAUAUGACAGUUUUUUAUUCAAUGUCAAAAUUAUUGGAUCUUUAAUUUCUUUAUAAGACUUUUCCGUUUCACACCUCAUAAGAAUAUCUUCACCAAAUAAUAUUAUUGUACAAGAGAUUCGUUAAUCGAUAAACAACCUCAAUGUUAUCCUUAAAAUAUUAUAUGCAUCUUUUGCAUAUAACUUUGUAACAGAGUGAAACUGGCACUUGUAAAUACGAGAUUGUUAAUAAAUACAUAAUACUGAGCAUUUAAUAAAUUUCUAAUUUAAUGGUUCAUAAUAUAUAUUUACGGAUAAAACGAAACUUCUGAUCGAUGUAAAAAGGUAAUGCGUAUUACAUGUGACUUUUAAAAGAAAUAUCCGAACGAUGUGCACUUGAAAAUGAACAAAACUUUGUGAAUCUUAUGUGCAAAUGGAAAAGAAAAAGUAAUGAUAUAUAACAACGCAUUAUUAAUAGUCCACCACAUAUACACAUCUGUUGAUAUAGUACACUGCAUUUUGGUAUAAAUAGGAUUCAUACAUGUAUAAACUCACUGUCAUCAGAAUAUUCGAGGAAGAGCAAUGAAA